CUUCAGCCUUUUGUUUUGACGCACCCUCCCCCAAAUCCCCUACUGGGUCAGUAAGCCUCAGAAAUGUCAUCUAUCAUGAUAUUGGGCUGGCUUUUCAUCGCAAUAAUUUCACCAUCAUCUUCACAAACAGUCACCGAUAUCUCAUCUCCCGGAAGAGAAAAGGAAGUCGAUUACUUUGUCAAAUUUUGGGGCUCAUUUUUAAAUGCGACCGUUUUGCAUUACGUUUUUGUAAGACACGCCAUUGAUUGUGGCUUCGAGUGCCAACAGAGGCAAGGAUGUGCUUCGUAUAACAUCGAGCGCCAGGCGAGCAAGAUUCACUUAUCGUGUGUGUUGCUAAAGGCGCGAAAAGGAGACGUUGGCACCGAGCUACUGGCGGGAAACGACACAUUUGACCAUUACAGCAAGAUGUCUUGCAUGGCUGACGACGGAAUAAUGACAACAGACAAUUGCAAUAUAGGGAAAACAUGUGGACACAUCAAAACAGAAUACCCGUCUUCCCCCAGUGGACAUUACGUGAUUGACCCCUCGGGCGAAGAUGGGGAACCCCCAUUCCCGGUAUUCUGUAACAUGACGUCACAAUUGGGUUCUGGCGUGACAGUGGUAGGUCACGACAGCGAAGAUCGAUUACUAGUUGACGGAAACUAUAACAGCCCCGGAUCCUACAAGCGUGAUGUCACGUACAAUCACGUGACGGUCACGCAACUCAAGGAACUGACAGCAAUGUCAAGCCGCUGUGAACAAUUCAUUCAAUACGAGUGUAAAGGAUCAGCUUUGUUUCAUAGUGCUGAAUGGUAUAAUUGGUGGGUGUCACGUGAUGGAGAGAAAAUGACGUCAUGGGGUGGUGCUCCGUUGCGUAGCAACAAGUGUGCAUGUGGGGUGACUGGAACAUGCGACAACGCCGCCAAUUCAUGCAACUGUGAGCUCAAUGAUAACGUUUGGCGGGAAGACAGCGGGUUUCUUACAGACAAGGAAACACUGCCUGUCAUUCAACUAAGAGCCGGGGAUGUUGAUUCAUCUAUCGAAAAAGGGUAUUACACACUAGGCAAACUGAUGUGCUAUUAAACGCUACGAAUACUUUUGUAACACCCAAGAGGAAGUAGAUAAAUUGGUGUCAUGUAGAACGCUGUGAACAUUAUGUAACACACAAGAAGAAGUAGAUAAAAUGGUGUGUUAAUGAACGCUAUGAACACUAUGUUACACCCAAGAGAAAGUAGAUAAAUCGAUGAAGAUAAACUGGUGUGUUAUUGAACGCUAUGAACACUAUGUUACACCCAAGAGAAAGUAGAUAAACUGGUGUGUUACUGAACGCUAUGAACACUAUGUAACACACAAUAGGAAGUAGAUAAACUGGUGUGUUACUGAACGCUAUGAACACUAUGUUACACCCAAGAGAAAGUAGAUAAACUGGUGUGUUACUCAACGCUAUGAACACUAUGUUUCAUCCAAGAGAAAGUAGAUAAACUGGUGUGUUAAUGAAACGCUAUGAACACUAUGUUACACACAAGAGAAAGUAGAUAAAAUGGUGUGUUAUUGAACGCUAUGAACACUAUGUUACACCCAAGAGAAAGUAGAUAAAUCGAUGAAAAUAAACUGGUGUGUUAUUGAACGCUAUGAACACUAUGUUACACCCAAGAGAAAGUAGAUAAACUGGUGUGUUACUGAACGCUAUGAACACUAUGUAACACACAAUAGGAAGUAGAUAAACUGGUGUGUUACUGAACGCUAUGAACACUAUGUUACACCCAAGAGAAAGUAGAUAAACUGGUGUGUUACUCAACGCUAUGAACACUAUGUUUCAUCCAAGAGAAAGUAGAUAAACUGGUGUGUUAAUGAAACGCUAUGAACACUAUGUUACACACAAGAGAAAGUAGAUAAAAUGGUGUGUUAUUGAACGCUAUGAACAAUAUGUUACACCCAAGAGAAAGUAGAUAAAUCGAUGAAAAUAAACUGGUGUGUUAUUGAACGA